CUUUACUUCUACCUUUUCCUCUAUAUAUAAGUACACCCACCCUUCACUCAACUCCUUCACAUUUUCAUAAAUUCUCCAGCUUUCUUCAGUUUUCUUGCUGAGAUAACAAUGAUUCCAAGGUUCAGAAAUCCUUUCAAGGUUGAAGAAGACAUCAAGGAGAGCUCAAACAAGAGCUCAGUGAUUGUUGGUUUGAAAAUUCUUGUCCAGAAUUCUCAGGGAAAAUCUAACGUUGUUGUUAAUAAAUCAGCACUUUCCCCAGGCUGCAAACUAGCUGAUGAAGAUUCUUCUUGUUUUCUCAAGUCAUGUCAUCUUUGCAACAAGAAGCUGAGUUUCGACAAAGAUGUGUACAUGAGGAGCGAUCAUGGAUUCUGCAGCAUUAAAUGCAGAGACAGGCAGAUUUAUUUGGAUGAUAUAAAGGACUUAGAAAACUCAACCAAACAAAUGCUUUCAUCUGCCAGGCGCCAUUGCAGUGGUGAUGAUAGACGUGAGACUCAGCUUCUUCUCAAGGAGCUUCGUCAGAGACGCCAUAAUAACCAGCCACACUCUCAGAAAAUACAGUGGACUACAGUUUCAUAGUUCCUUUUUGUUCUUGAGUCAGUUCUGAUAAUGUAAAAGUUGGUUGAAAAAAGUGAGAAGGUUUGUGGGAUAUUUUGUCUAAUGGAGAUGUAUGUAAUAGUUGAGUGUUAGAGAAGAUAAAGAUGAUGUUGUGGCAGGUUAUAUUUUGCAAUUUGCAUAUUCAAAGAUAAGAAUCAGUGAAUCAACGUCGCUUUUAAUUCGUUUGUCUGCAACAAUAAUGCCAAGUUUACAGGACAGGUGUGUCUUUGUGGAA